AUGAAACGACUCUCGACAUUCGUUGAACAAACCUUUAAACAGUUUAAGCAUGACACGGGAAAGGGUAAAGAUAAAGUCUUGGGUGAUUCCUCAAUAGCCAAAUCUGAGCGGGUCUCGUUUAAAAACUUUCGUAGUGGCGGCGUUACUGAAUUCACCGGACUCUCUGAUCCAGUAACCGCAGUGCAAUGGGUCCAAAACACCGAAAAGGUAUUUCGGAUUUCUCGAGUGUUAAACGAGGAUAAAGUGAAUUAUGCCAGUGCAAUGUUGACAGAACGUGCACUCACUUGGUGGGAUGCAACUUUUGAAUCCCUUACUGAAGAUGAACGGGAAAGCUUGACUUGGGAGUCUUUCAAGACUCGUUUCUUUGAGCAAUUCUGCCCGAUCGACUUGCAACGGAGGCUUCAGAAAGAAUUCUUAGAACUCAAGCAAGGGAACAUGUCUGUGAUUGAGUAUGAGACUCAAUUUAACCGAAAGGCACGUUUCGCUUUACGGUUCUUAUCUUCCGAACACGAACGAAUCGAACAUUUUGUCGAUGGUUUGAGGCGAGAAAUCCGGGAGUUUGUUGCCAAUCGCGAUAUUCCAAGUUUCAAUAAAGCUAUGGAGUACGCUCAUCGUCGUGAACACGAUUUAACUAUACUUGAUGAACCAAAUUUUGAGCCGAAAAGGCAACGGAAUGAAAGAACCUUCUAUGUACCUACUCAGCGACAAUCUCGAUCUUUCACUCCGAGGCGGAGUCAAUCUCAAAACAUUCCGCGUGCUCAAUCCCAAGCCUAUUCACUUCAGUCGAAUGCCUCACGUCUUUGUCAAAGAUGCGGAAAAACUCACCAAGGGCGAUGCCUUACUGAAUCAACGAGCUUGAGAUGUUUCUGUUGCGGUGAAAUGGGCCAUGUUCGUACAACCUGCCCAAAAAGAGACCGAGCAUGUUAUUCUUGCGGAGUAUUUGGUCACCGACAAUUUGAAUGCCCCUGUAUGAGACGGGAAGAAAGUAAGGCGUCGGUGCAACGACCGGCAGUGGGAGGUUCCUCAAGUCAAAAGGAGGAGGUACCCAAAGCACGAGCUCGAGCUUUCCAGAUUACUGCGGAAGAGGCUCGCAAUGAGCCAGAUGUCAUUACCGGUAUUUUCUUUGUUAACUCCCAACUCGCUCGUAUUUUAUUCGAUUCUGGAGCUACAAAUUCUUUUGUGUCGCAUGAUUAUGUUCGCUACUAG